CCAUCUCCAAGAUUCAAACUUUCCCUCCCUCAAAUAUCCCUUCCAAAACUAGCCCUCCCCAAAUUACUCAAAUCCCACAAACCCCUCUCCCUCCCAUCAAAUUUCAAGUCCAUUUCAGUAAUUCUUGCUAGCUCAUUGGCCAUAGCACCACCUUCACUAGCAGAAGAAAUUGAAAAAGCUUCCCUUUUUGACUUCAACUUAACACUUCCAAUAAUCAUGGCUGAAUUCCUCUUUCUCAUGUUUGCUUUAGACAAGCUUUACUUUUCCCCAUUAGGGAAAUUCAUGGAUGAAAGAGAUUCUUCAAUUAAGGAGAAAUUAAAUAGUGUAAAGGACACAUCUGCAGAAGUAAAGCAAUUGGAAGAUCAAGCUGCUGCUAUUAUGAAAGCUGCAAGAGCUGAAAUAUCAGCAGCACUAAACAAGAUGAAAAGGGAGACUCAACUAGAAGUGGAGCAGAAGACUGCAGAAGGAAGAAAGAAAGUUGAGGCUGAGUUACAAGAAGCUUUGGCUAGCUUGGACAAGCAAAAGGAGGAGACAAUCAAGAGUCUAGACUCUCAGAUUGCUGCUCUUAGUGAUGAGAUUGUUAAAAAAGUCCUUCCUGUUCUGUAACUAAUUCUGAAAGUUGUAGUACUCCAUAAUUUAUGUGAACUCGUCGGUACGGAGUUUAAGAAAAGAGAAAAGACUUUUGAUCUUGUGGUCUAAAA